CCGCCACCCGCCAAAGCCCACCUCAGCUGACGACCAAACAACAACAGGAAACAAAAUUUCCAAUCGAUCGCUUGCGACUCAUUUGCUCGUUAUCUUCUUUACGCCAUCAACCUUUACGACAGACCUUUCCCUCCCAAUCAAUCGGAUUCUUCUCUGUUCUCUCCACCCCAUCAUCCCCAAAUCUUCCAUGGCGACUGCAGCACCUCCUUCUAUCGACCUCUGCACAGUUUUCUCUGAAUCAAAACGCAUCAUCAAUGCCCACACCCGCCAUUUCCUCGCUCUCUCAGUCUUCUUUCUUCUUCCUCUUUCCUUCUCUUUCACUGUCUACCCUACCCUUCAGAAUCUCCUCGCUCCAUCCUCCACUCUCAAUUCUAAAAUCUUACUCUCUACUUCCUUCCUCCUUGAUCAAGACCCAUCUAAUUUUGUUACUCUCAAAACCCUUGUUCUCUCACUUCUCUUCUCCCUCUUUGUCUUUGUUUUUGGCCUUCUUGCUGCUGGUUCUAUCACCUACAGUGUUCUCCAUGGCUUCUAUGGUAGACCUGUCAAGCUCGUAGCAUCUAUUAGAUCGGCUUUGGUUUCUUUCUUUCCCCUCAUAAUAACAACGAUUUUAGCUCAAAUUAUUGUUCUGGCCAUAUUUGUCGCAACUGGGUUUCUCUUGUUUGUGGUUGUUAUGGGGAUUCAGCUUCUGGGGUUUCAAGUCGAGUUAUUUUCUCCUUAUUUUAUCGUGUUCUCUGUAAUUGUUUCGAUUGUUUUGAUAUUGGUUUUAGUUUAUUUGCAAGUUAAUUGGUUUCUAUUUGGCGUUAUUGUGGUAGUGGAAUCGAGUUGGGGUCUUCAGCCAUUGAAGCGGAGUAGUUUUCUCAUAAAGGGAAUGAGAGGGCUGGCUUUGGCUUUAUCUUUGUUUUUUGGGUUUUUGGUGGGUGUUUUGUUAUUCAUUAGCUCUGUUUCAGGGAUCACACUGGGUAUUGGCACUAAUGGUGGAUGGAAGAGUUGUGCAUUUGUUGUGCAAAUUGUAGUAACUUCAACACUACUAAUGCUGUUGCUUCUUUACUAUAGCGCUGCAAAUACUAUUUUGUAUAUGUAUUGCAAGGCUGUACAUGGGGAGCUUGCUUGGGAAAUUGCUGAGGAAUUUGCCAGGGAGUAUAUCAGCUUGCCGUUUGAUGAUGGAAAAGUUCCUCACCUUGUAUCUGUUGCUUAUACUUUACAAAACUAACAAGGUCAGUGGCUUUGUAAUGCCUUUCUCUCCAGGAUGUUCUGUUUUCUUGAUUGUAAUACCUAAUAGUUUGUGUAUAAAAAAAUGUGGUUAGAAUAUUAAAUUUGUAAAUACCACUAUACAUUUGAUGGUUAUGAUUAGAAUUUUUUUUUUUUUUGGUUUA